CCUCCCUCCCUCCCUCCCUCCAUGGCUCAAUGUGGAAGGCAGCCUAAAUAGACCAGGACUGCAUGUUUAGGGACCAGCUGACAGAGUAGAGACCUGCUGCCACUCAGAGACAUGGAGAGACUGGAGAAGGCUCUGUUCCGCCUGGAACAAGGCUUUGAGCUGCAGUUCCGUCUUGGCCCUACCCUCCAGGGUAAGGAGGUCCAGGUCUAUACCAACUACCCUGCCAAAGGCCAUAAGUUCGAUCGCCUAAAGUUCUGUCCUUUGGACUGGGUCUACCCAAACGGCCGGGAGGAUGACUCUGAUAAAUACUGCAGACUGGACUUAACGGUGGCUGGAUCCUUCCAGUACUACUUCUCCUGUGGGGAUACAGAAAAAGUGAGCAGUGGUUACAUUGUGGUUGAUCCAGUGCUGAGAGUGGGAGGCAACAAUGAUGUCCUCCUGCUGGACUGCAUCAGCAGCCAAACAUACUUGGCCAAAUGCCUUGGCCCACUGGACAAAUGGCUUGACAGGAUCAGGGUUGCAAAGGAAACUGGCUACAACAUGAUCCACUUCACCCCGCUCCAGAAGCUUGGUCUGUCUGGCUUCUGCUACUCCAUAGCUGAUCAGCUGGAGUUGAACCCUGACUUUUCACCUGAGGGGAAGCACUGUACCUGGAGAGACAUCGGUAAUCUGCUGGAGACACUGAGGAAAGACUGGAACAUGGUCUGCAUCACUGAUGUGGUCUAUAAUCACACAGCGGCUGACAGUGAGUGGAUUCACCUCCAUCCUGAGUGUGGUUACAACCUGGUUAACUCUCCUUAUCUGAAACCAGCAUGGCUUCUGGACAGACUUCUGUGGCAUCUCAACUGUGAGGUGGCUAAUGGGAAAUAUGCUGAACAAGGAGUACCAGCAUGCAUUCAAGAUGAGCAUCACAUAAAUGCUCUGCAGGGCCUCCUGUGGCAGCAGGUCUUCUCCAGGCUCAGGCUGUGGGAGUUUCUGCAAGUCAACGUGGAUGAUGCUGUGGAGCAGUUCAAACAGCUGCUGCAGGAGGGUAGUUCAGGUGUCAGGUCCAGGUCCAGUCCUGAGUGUAAGAAGCAGCUGAAGAUAGUGCAGGACCUUCAGCACAGACGCUUUGGAAACAAAGUGGACAUGAACUCGGCCCUGAACAUUUUCACACCUCACAGUAUGAGCCCAUCAGACAUCCAGGAGUGUUGUAACAGUUUCAGAGGGAGACUGGAGGAGCUGAACCUGGAAGCCUACAAAGAGAUGAACCACCACGCAGAACAAGCGACUGACUGCAUUGUGAGAAAUGUAGUUCAUGAGCGUCUUUCUGAUCAGGGGCCUAAGCUGGGUCCGGUCUCAAGGAAAUACCCUCUCUGUCCCAGGUAUUUCAUCUUCCCUUUUGAAGAGAUGACCUUUGAUGAGGAAACGCAGUUGAUGGAGCAGAGAGACAAGGCGUGCCACUUUCUGGCACAUGAUGGCUUUGUGAAAGGAAAUGACCUGUCCAGGGACUUUGUUGGACCAGGCUCACAGGUCUACUUGCGGAGAGAACUGGUCUGUCUGGGCAAUACAAUCAAGCUUCGUUAUGGAGAGAAACCAGAGGAUUGUCCUUACCUGUGGGCUCGUAUGAAGUCGUACACAGAGAUUACAGCCAAGGUCUUCUCUGGUGUGUGCCUGGUCAACUGCCUGUCCACCCCUCUGCAUGUAGCUGAGGCAAUGCUUGCAGCAGCCAGAGACAUCAGGCCUAACCUCUAUGUGAUAGCUGAGCUCUUUACUGGCAGUCAGUUUAUUGACAAUGUCUGGCUAAACCGCCUGGGAAUCACCAGUUUGGUGCGAGCGCAUGCUCGAUCAGGCUCGUUGUCUGAGGCCAGACCUACGACCAACAGAAGUGACGUCAAUGCAGGCUCCGGCAUGUGCACCUUUAAGUCAGUGGAACCCCCAAAUAAUACUGAGAACAUAAUCUCAGUGUUCAGUCUCAGUUUUUUCUGUUGUCAUUUUGUGGUUGAUGUCCAGGUGGAUUUGGAGCAGCUGGAUGAGGAUGUGGUUGCAGUGACCAGACACUGUCCCAGCAGUCACCAGUCUGUGGUAGCUGUGCUGCGAAGGGCGGUCAAGAAUCCAGAGACACACCAUUUUACUUUUGAUGUUCCACCUAUGUUCAUACCAGGUCAGAUUAAAGAGGUUGUAUUGGAGGCUCUGACCAUUGUGAGCACCAGCUCCAACAAAAAUGGUGACAAAAACAUAAAUGGCUUGCCAGAGCGCACUGUAGAGAUCAAAGAACACAUCAAGCUAAAGGACAGUAGGGUGGUGAAAAAGGCAAACAUGGUGUCAAAAGAGAACAGUGUUGUUCAGGAGAUAGUGUUUGAGAAGUUCCCACCAGGCUGCAUCAUCAUCUUCAGGGUGACUCUAGAUCCUAGUUCCCAGGAGCAGCUGGGGGCUCUGAGGCGCCAACUGAUCCAAUUUAGUCCUCAGUACCAGACUUGCAGCCUGGCUGAACUCCGCACACCAUCUGUUCUCACCAAGCCGCUGAUGAUCAUUAUGUCCAGGCUGACUCUGGCGGACAUGAACAUGCUGCUGUACCGCUGUGAUGCUGAGGAGAGAGAGGAUGGGGGAGGAUGCUACAAUGUUCCUGCCUGGUUACCUCUCAACUAUGGUGGCUUGCAAGGGCUGAUGUCGGUGAUGGCAGAGAUUCGCCCUAAGAAUGAUCUUGGACAUCCGCUCUGUGACAACCUGAGGCAGGGAGACUGGAUGAUGGACUAUGUCUCCAACCGACUCUUGGCCAAGGGUGGAACUGUUGGAGAG